AUGCCCCCCCGAGAAAAUUUCCGUUUAGAUGAUGUCAGUACAGUAGAUCAAACUUCUGACGCUGCGAGCUCCCAGAGAAAUCCACGAAGUACCGCGGCGACCGGGGCCUCUGCUGCUGGAGUUCGGGCUCUCAGCGCACAAUUUGUUGCAUUUUACUUCCGUACACCUGUGAAAGCUUUCUUCCGCACUAGAGUUGAUUAUAUGGCAUUUGCUAGGGCCGUCAAUCCUCAUGUGUCUGAGAAGCGAUGGUCGCUGUACAAUACCACUCCUGGGAUACUUGUCCAUGCUGUCCGGACCUAUGGUUGGCGUUUCAUCCCAAAUCAGAUAAUGCCCCCCUUACUAGCAAAUGCCGGUAUUGGGGCUGUACUAUACACUUCCUACCUUCAGGUUCUUGGGGCUUUAUAUGAACCGGUGGCACAGGGCGUCAAGCGAACAUACCCCCCUGCCCAUCCCUCUUGUACAUUUACGGCCGGUUUCGUAGCAGGGGCCGCCCAGUCCAUAGUUGCCGCACCCUUGGACGCCCUUCAAGUUCGCCUUCGAACCCAUGAUAUUCUCGGGGGCCAGUACAGGAGUAUGUGGCACUAUGGUUGGCACAAGCUGAAACAAAUUGGUGUCCGUGGCAUCUUUGCCGGCCUGACAUUGUCGUUCCUGCGCGAUGCAUUUGGCUAUGGCAUCUUCUUCUCGUCCUUUGAGUACAUCAAAUCGCAGGCAUAUUAUUCGUUUAUCACCGGAUAUUAUGGUCACUAUCACAACUGUCUUGCUGGCGACAAGACCCCCGCAACGUCCAGUGAUCGUGGGGUGCCACUGAUUAAACCCCAUUACACUCUAGAGCCAUGCUUUUUGAUGUUUGCGGGGAUUGCGGCCUCUAUUGCCCAACAAGCAAUACAGCAUCCACUUAGCCUAAUCCAGAAUAUCCACGUCGCGCGACUGGAGUAUCUUGAUCGCCAGGCGAGCUUAAGCCCUUCGAAAAGGCAGAUGUUGCGUCUCUACUACUUCGCUUACCAGGAGACAUACAAGCGAUGCCAAAGAAAGGCCGUGCGAUCCGGAGGCUGGCGUCUUUGGUUGUUCCGCGACUUCGCGAAAAUUGCCCUUCGCCAAGUUCCCAGUACCAGCGCCGGCCUCGUGAUAUUUGAACUGGUGCGCCGUAAAUAUGCUAACAUGGCAGAGGCUGUGUAUAUUCGCAAGGAUGGGUACGAUAUUCUAUUGGCAUAG